AGGCAGUUUUACUGCCAGGCUAGUGUGCUUGGUCAGGGCUGUCAUAUAUUAUCCGAAAGGAGCUGGUGUGGGUGCAUGCUUUUGUUUAGCUCAACACUGAGACGCCUGAGUCUACUUAUCAAUGUCUUGACAAGCCCGUGAGUCGUUGAUUAGUUGAGUGAGGUGUCAAUGAUGCGCCAAAACAAAAACAAUCAAAGCAAUGUAUAAGUGGAGAAGUUUGUCAAGAAAUUAAAAGAGAAAAUCAUUUCCAAGGUCAGCAUGUUUUACACCAAGCUUUUCACGUCAAAGCGUGGGCCGCUCGCUAAGAUUUGGCUUGCGGCUCACUGGGAGAAAAAGAUAACGAAAGCGCAUGUAUUCGAGUGCAACCUGGAGAACACUAUCAAAGAACUAAUAUCGCCACAGAUUAAAAUUGGACUGCGGACCUCUGGUCACCUGUUGCUGGGCGUGGUGCGGAUCUACUCCCGAAAAGCCAAAUACCUCUUGGCCGACUGCAACGAUGCAGUCAUCAAAAUCAAAGUGGCCUUUCGUCCAGGCCAGACGGAUCUUCCCAGUGAGAAUCUGGAGGCCACCUUCAAGGUUAUCACCCUGCCCGAGGACUUCGCUGAUUUCAGCUCCCAACUCCCGGACAUCAAUGCCAUCGAAGUGGCCGACCACUUCUCCCUGAACCAGUGCAGGACGGAGGACAUCACUCUCAAAGAGGACUUGGGAAACAGCUUCCUCCUGCUGCAGUCAGACUUCGGGGAGGAGUCUCACCAGCAGGGUGGGUUGUUUGAUGUGAGUUUCCCCAGUCUGGCUGCUCCCGGCGAUGGCUUUGGGGACGAGGAGCUCGGUGUGGACUUCUUGGAUUUUAUGGCGCAUUCUACUGAAGAUGUGAUGCCAAUCAACUUUUCUUCUGACGAUGCGGAGAGGGAGAUGCCAGAAACUCCGCCUCCGACAGCCGCAGCCUGGGUAAUCUUCUCUCAUCCCGACACCCCCAGCCCCACCCUUCGGCCCCAGUCCAAGGCCUCCUCGCCGGACCAGACCACCCUGCUGGCGAACGAGGAGGAAGGCUUCGCCCUAGAGCCCGUCUCUGAAACGCUCUCCUCAGACAGGAAGAGGGUGAAGAGGAAGAGGACGCUGCUGGUGGACAGAGUGAAGGAGCUGUCAAACGAGGAGAUCCGAGACCAGCUCACGGACACAUCCGACCUGCUGUGUCCCAUGGAUAUGGCUCCGCCCACUCGCAAGCUCAUGGAGUGGAAGGAGAUGGGGAGCGUGCACAAGCUCUUCCACAGCUACUGUGUGCCAGCCAUGCACCCGCACCUGAAACAGCUGUUCCCCAGGGACUUGUUGCCAGAGCGAUUGGAGGCGGACCAGGAUGCAGAUGGGGGUGGCCCAGAGCAGAUGAGAAGCCGACAAAGACAGACUGCAGAGGGGAGCAGUCUGGGGUUUGAGUUUGGGGGGGACUCGAGCCUCCUGCAGGAAUCUCAGGACCGGAGCUCCACAGGGCACAGCCUCCACGGGACCCCGCUCCGAACCACGGCCAGCAGCCGGCACUCCGCCCCCGCCCCCGCCAGGGAACAUCAAGCUGAACUGAAGGAGGUCUCCCUCCCAGACCUGUCCUUUGAGGACUCCAUGCGUGUUCAUCCUCCUGAGCUGGAGAGGGAACCUCCACAGACCCAAACCCAGACUCAGUCUGCGCUGGCCAGUCAGGAUUUUGAAGAGAAGAGGAUGAGCAGCCGGGCACAGGGCCUCCUGCACUUCCUUAGAAGCCAGAGCUGCAGUGGGGGCGCUGCAGUGUUCAGCCUGCUAGAGCUGAACAGGGAGUGUAGCCGCAUGCAGGCCUCUGCCACCUUCUUCAGCUUCCUGCUGCUGAAGAAGCAGAAAGCCCUGGAGCUGCACCAGGACCUGCCCUAUGACGACAUUGUUGCCUCUCCUGGGCCCACAUUCCACCAGCUUUAGACUUUAGAGCGCCUUUAUUAAAAACAAUAUGAUGUAUAUAUAUGUUUAUUUAUUUAUUAUGUCUGCUUUCACCUGGGAGCAGUGUUCUGUUUUUGAACAUUUUUAACAUGUUGAGGUUUCAGUCGGUGUUGAGGGCUUGCAGGUUUGCUUCCUGUACGGGCUUUGGUGCCCCUCCCCCUUUCCUUGUUUUGCAUUGCGUGGAAAGGCAUGUGGCCUCCAGGCAAACGCCGAAGCGUUCAUGUGACGUUGCUGUGACCUGGAAGAAACGUUAGAUUGGCUGCUUUCACCUGGAUCAAUAAGCCUAAAACCUGUUCUGUCAGUCUGAAACAUGGGCACUAACACGUUACACGUAAAAAGCACUUUCUGUCCCACUUUCCAAUAUCCAGUGUGUUGAGCUUGAGGGAACUUUUUUGCUAAAUUAUAGUAAUUCUGUGAAUAACUGGGGGGGGG